AUGACGGCUUCCGACAUCGCCUCGGCCUUUGCGCCAGACCUGCUUGCACCCACCACUGUCUCGAGCUACAACAAGCAGUUCGAGACCAGCGCGCCCUACAAGCAUGCCGUCGUACCCGCCCUGAUCGACGAAGAACUGCUCAAAGCCACACGCAGUGAAAUCAUCGGCGAGCUUCGAUUUGCCGAAAAGGAGACCGACAUCUACAAGGUCAACCAGACCGGCGAUCUUGCGAACCUCGACGGUCUUCCAGCCGAGGAAGCCGGCCGAUUGCAGAACUUGCUGCGCGUGCGCAAUGCCAUCUACUCGCAAGAGUUCCGCAGCUGGCUGCAGGGCGUCACAGGGUGCGGGCCGCUUAGCGCCAAAAAGAAGGACAUGAGCAUCAACGACUACCGCCAAGGUUGCCACCUGCUCAACCACGACGAUGUCAUCUCCACACGCCGGGUCUCGUACAUCCUCUACUUGCCCGAUCCCGACCAGCCCUGGCAGCCGGAGUGGGGCGGCGCGCUCGAGCUGUAUCCCGUCAAGACCAAGGGCACCCCUGACGAUUUGCCCAGCAAGAUCAUCCCGCCCAAGUGGAAUCAGUUUACGUUUUUCACCGUACAGCCUGGUCACUCAUUCCACUCGGUUGAAGAGGUCGUUCAUCCGAGCCAGUCGCGUCUCAGCAUCUCCGGCUGGUUCCACCGACCUCAGGAGGGCGAGGAAGGGUUCACCAGCGAAGACGAAAAGAAGGAGGCAGAGGUGGAAAAGGAAAUGAGCAGCCUCGAGAGCUUGUCGGCCAAGGAAAAUGCCAAGCUGUUCCAAGCGUAUCCGGAACAGUUUGCGCCACCACUCCCCGGUUCGCCACUCAGCCAAGACGAGAAGAAGUUCCUCAUGCACUUCCUGAACCCAGCUUACCUGGUGUCAAAGACGCAAGAGCAGCUGUUCGAGCAGUUCGGCGACGAGUCGCACAUCUUGCUCUCGGAUAUCUUGCGGAAGGAGAUUGCACAGCCGUUGGAAAAGGCGUUGCGGCAGGCGGAUGCCAAGGAUGGGUUCCAGUGGUGGACGUCCGGUAAAGGCGAAGAGUCGACUCGCAUCCAGGCGCACGGCGUUGGCACCAAUCGCGCUACAGCUGCCGACAACGAGGCUGCACAGUGGAGCAUCGCCGGCCCGCCUCACAAGCAGCGCUACGCCGUGCUGUCGGAACAGGCCGCGCCCGGCAAAGCCGCCGAGAUCGUCAAACAGGGCGCACAAGUUCCCAGCCCGCUCCCCACGGACGCCAGCGCACUCCUCAAGUUGCUCAGCACGGUGCUCUUCCCCUCGAACGCCUUCCGCCACUUCCUCGCCAACAUCUCGCAGCUCGUACCGCUGGGUGGCCGACCCGUCGAAGCGCGACGCUUCCGUCCCGGUCUCGACUACACGCUCGCACGCUCCGACACGGAUCCCGUGCUGGACGUCACACUCAACUUGACGCCAGACGUGGUCAAGCCGUCGUUGGACGAAGAGCGCAAAGCAGGGCCUCGCGGUCUGGCCGGCAAGGCAAAGAAGCCUAAGCCUGCACCCGCGCCUUCGUCUUCCGGCUCAAAGCUGCUCUCCAAGAAGGAAGCCAAGGAUCUGGCAGCGAAGUGGGAGAGCGGAGACAUCGGCGGCUGGGAAUGCUACAUGGCACCCCACGAGGGUGAGGAGGAUCCCGCUGUCUACCAGAGCGGCAACAGUGGCAAGAAGAAGGCCAGCGAAGACAACGACGACAAUGCUGAUGCGGAGAUGAAGGAUGCCAACGGCGAAGGCGAGGAGGACGAGGAAGAGGAGAUGGUCGAGAUGGUCGAGGACGACGGCGAGGAGGAAGACGAAGACUUUGAUGGUGUGCUGCUCAACUUGACCCCCAGUUUUAACACGUUGAGUGUGGUGCUGAGGGACGAGGGUGUGAUGCGGUUCGUCAAGUAUUUGGGCGCCUCCGCCGGCGGGUCGAGGUGGGAUGUCAUCGGCGAGUACGAGAUUGGCGCUAUCGAGGUAGAAGAGGAUGACGAGGAUGCGGAAGAUGCGUGA